CCUUUCCUGUCCAUCCUGUCCCCCUUCCGGGAGCCCAUGGCCACAGCUGGCCCGGGGCAGACUCUCUGGGCUCGGGUGGCACCCUGAGGUGCCCAGGUCAGUGGGGCUCUCCCGAGCUGUCUGCCCAGCAGGAAUGGAGGGAUAUUUCCCAAGGGAAGGGCGUGAGCCAGGCUGUCCGAGCCCAGGGUCCGGGCAGCAGCUGCUUGGACACUGCCUGGCACCAGAGGGGCAAGAGGGCCCUGGACCCCGGUCUCUGAGCUGAGCAGGAACGGAGGCUGCCACCAGGCGUCAGCAGGGAGGUGAGCACCGGAUCUGCUAAGCCUUCCAGAGCCGCCAGCCAUGCCCGGGAUCGUGGUGUUCCGGCGGCGCUGGUCUGUGGGCAGCGAUGACCUUGUCCUGCCGGCCAUCUUUCUCUUCCUCCUGCACACCACUUGGUUUGUGAUCCUGUCCGUGGUGCUCUUUGGCCUGGUCUACAGCCCACAUGAGGCCUGCUCCCUGAACCUGGUGGAUCACGGCCGAGGCUACCUGGGCAUCCUGCUGAGCUGCAUGAUUGCUGAGAUGGCCAUCAUCUGGCUGAGCAUGCGCGGGGGCAUCCUCUACACAGAACCCCGCGACUCCAUGCAGUACGUGCUCUACGUGCGCCUGGCCAUCCUGGUGAUCGAGUUCAUCUAUGCCAUCGUGGGCAUCGUGUGGCUCACGCAGUACUACACCUCCUGCAACGACCUCACUGCCAAGAACGUCACCCUCGGGAUGGUCGUCUGCAACUGGGUGGUCAUCCUCAGCGUGUGCAUCACCGUGCUCUGUGUCUUCGACCCCACGGGCCGCACCUUCGUCAAGCUGAGGGCCACCAAGCGGAGGCAGCGCAACCUGCGGACCUACAACCUGCGGCACCGCCUGGAGGAGGGCCAGGCCACCAGCUGGUCCCGCCGGCUCAAGGUGUUCCUAUGCUGCACCCGCACCAAGGACUCGCAGUCCGACGCCUACUCGGAAAUCGCCUACCUCUUCGCCGAGUUUUUCCGAGACCUCGACAUCGUGCCCUCCGACAUCAUUGCCGGCCUGGUGCUGCUCCGCCAGCGGCAGCGGGCCAAGCGCAAUGCCGUGCUGGACGAGGCAAACAACGACAUCCUAGCCUUCCUGUCUGGGAUGCCCGUGACCAGAAACACCAAGUACCUCGACCUCAAGAACUCGCACGAGAUGCUGCGCUACAAGGAGGUCUGCUACUACAUGCUGUUCGCCCUGGCAGCCUACGGCUGGCCCAUGUACCUGAUGCGCAAGCCCGCCUGCGGCCUCUGCCAGCUGGCCCGCUCCUGCUCCUGCUGCCUGUGCCCCACACGGCCCCGGUUUGCCCCUGGCGUCACCAUCGAGGAGGACAACUGCUGUGGCUGCAACGCCAUUGCCAUCCGACGCCACUUCCUGGAUGAGAACAUGACAGCAGUGGACAUCGUCUACACCUCCUGCCACGACGCGGUGUACGAGACCCCCUUCUAUGUGGCUGUGGACCACGACAAGAAGAAAGUGGUGAUCAGCAUCCGGGGAACCCUGUCCCCCAAGGAUGCCCUGACCGACCUGACGGGCGACGCCGAGCGCCUCCCCGUGGAGGGCCAUCGUGGCACCUGGCUGGGCCACAAGGGCAUGGUGCUGUCUGCCGAGUACAUAAAGAAGAAGCUGGAGCAGGAGAUGGUCCUGUCGCAGGCCUUCGGGCGAGACCUGGGCCGCGGAACCAAGCACUAUGGCCUGAUCGUGGUGGGCCACUCCCUGGGUGCGGGCACCGCGGCGAUUCUGUCCUUCCUCCUGCGCCCACAGUACCCGACCCUCAAGUGCUUCGCCUACUCGCCUCCCGGGGGCCUGCUGAGCGAGGACGCGAUGGAGUAUUCCAAAGAGUUCGUGACGGCUGUGGUUCUGGGCAAGGACCUGGUCCCCAGGAUCGGCCUCUCGCAGCUGGAGGGCUUCCGCAGGCAGCUACUGGACGUGCUGCAGCGCAGCACCAAGCCCAAGUGGCGGAUCAUUGUGGGAGCCACCAAGUGCAUCCCCAAGUCGGAGCUGCCUGAGGAGGUAGAGGUGACCGCACUGGCCAGCACCCGGCUCUGGACCCACCCCAGCGACCUGACCAUCGCCCUGUCAGCCAGCACCCCGCUCUACCCGCCGGGCCGCAUCAUCCACGUGGUCCACAACCACCCCGCGGAGCACAGCUGCUGCUGUGAGCAGGAGGAGCCCACGUACUUUGCCAUCUGGGGCGACAACAAGGCCUUCAAUGAGGUGAUCAUCUCGCCGGCCAUGCUGCACGAGCACUUGCCCUACGUGGUCAUGGAGGGGCUCAACAAGGUGCUAGAGAACUACAACAAGGGGAAGACGGCGCUGCUGUCCGCGGCCAAGGUCAUGGUGAGCCCCACUGAGGUGGACCUGACGCCCGAGCUCAUCUUCCAGCAGCAGCCGCUGCCCACGGGGCCCACGCUGCCUGCCGGGCUGGCUCUGGAGCUACCAGCCGCCGAGCAGCGCAACAGCAGCGUCAGGAGCAAGUCCCAGUCCGAGAUGAGCCUGGAGGGCUUCUCCGAGGGCCGGCUGCUGUCCCCCGCGGUGGCGGUGGCCGCCCGCCAGGACCCUGUGGAGCUGCUGCUGCUGUCCACUCAGGAGCGGCUGGCAGCCGAGCUGCAGGCCCGGCGGGCACCGCUGGCCACCAUGGAGAGCCUGUCGGACACCGAGUCGCUGUACAGCUUCGACUCACGCCGCUCCUCCGGCUUCCGCAGCAUCCGCGGCUCGCCCAGCCUGCACGCCGUGCUGGAGCGUGACGAGGGCCACCUCUUCUACAUCGACCCCGCCAUCCCCGAGGAGAACCCGUCCCUGAGCUCCCGCACCGAGCUGCUGGCCGCCGACAGCUUAUCCAAGCACUCGCAGGACACACAGCCGCUGGAGGCCACCCCGGGCAGUGGCGGCGCCACCCCAGAGCGGCCCCCAAGUGUGGCCCGCGCCGAGGAGGAGGCGGUGUCAGCGGUGGCCGCAGACAGCGGCACGGCGCCCCUGGGGGAGCUGGCUCUGCACAAUGGCCGCCUGGGGGACUCACCCAGCCCGCAGGUGCUGGAGUUCGCGGAGUUCAUCGACAGCCUCUUCAACCUGGACAGCAAGAGCAGCUCCUUCCAGGACCUGUACUGCAUGGUGGCCCCCGAGAGCCCCACCAGUGACUAUGCUGAGGGCCCCCGCUCCCCCAGCCAGCAGGAGAUCCUGCUCCGUGCCCAGUUUGAGCCCAACCUGGUGCCCAAGCCCCCACGGCUGUUUGCCGGCUCAGCGGAGCCGUCCUCGGGCAUCUCCCUGUCCCCGUCCUUCCCGCUGAGCUCCUCGGGCGAGCUCAUGGACCUCACACCCACAGCCCUCAGCAGCCAGGAGUGCCUGGCGGCCGACAAGGCCCGGACCUCCACGCCCGCUGGCCGAGGGGAUGACCUGGUCAUCCCAGCACGCUAGUUGGCACUGUGCACUGUUGCCAGGCCAGGUGGCUCUGAGGGGCUGGGUGGCCUCAGCAUGGGCCGCCGCUGUGAGCUGGGUGUCCGCAUCCCUACCUCAGCCUAGAGCCCCCGAGCCAGGCGGCUGGGACCUGGCCCUGUGGGGCGGGGUGGGCGGCCGAGCAGGCUCAUCAGAGGGCAUCCCGCUCCCCAUUUCCGGGCAGGUGUGGGCAGCCGCCCCCCACCACCACACUCUGGCUGCUGGCCCCCGUGGCCCACGCGGGCAUCUGCCCUGCCAACCCCAGCUCCGGUGCCUGCUGGCCGGCCCCCGGGGGUGGUGUUGCCAAGGUGGCUGCAGUGCUGUGUUUACAGAAGCUGCCUGGCUCGGCCUGGCCCACACCACACAGCUCGUGUGCUUAGUCAAGGGGCUGGAGGUGGGCAGGGCCGCCCCAUCUCUGCCCCUCUGCCGGUGGUCCUGGGCACCCCAACCUGCCCUGCCUACCUGCUGUUUCCUGGCCCACCUUCCACUCCCAGGGACCCUGGCAACUCAAAGGGUGGUGGGCACUGCUAGGACCAGCCCUGGCUGCAGAGUCAGCGCCCUGGGAGAAGAGAAGGCGCCAAGCCCUUCCUCGGAGGCCCCCCUGCCCCCUUGCACACUCCCACCAUGCCCAGCAGUCUGGGCCUGGAAUCUGAAGCCAAAUGCACCCCUGCCCCAGCCUUUGCUGGCCUGGGCUCCCUGCAGGGACCCGGGCACUCCGUACUCCUGGCAGGAAGUGGGGCCGGAGCAGACCCUGCACCUGCCCAGGGGCGGGUCCCUCCCUGCCGGGCAGGGAGGCCGUGCAUGCUGGCGCAGGCACGUGUGUGCAUGUGCACGGGCAUGCGCCUUUCCUGGGGAACCCCGCGCCUGCCUGCCCACCCUGCCCACCCACCCAGAGGGCACGGGGUGGGGGCUCCGUCCUGGAGCAUGGUCCCUCCUGCCUGUGCCUCCCUGCCCUGACCCUGACCCGUCCCCGUGGUCGUUGGUACCUGGGCCUGGGUGCCCCCACCUCACACGGCUGGGGCCUGCCGCCGUGCUGCCCGCCUGACGCCAGUCCCAGACCUGACGAGGGAGCGGGGUCUCCCUCUUUCUCUGCCCUCCCGCCUUCCCCACUCCGGGCCCCCCACUGCCCAGCCCCUAAGCAAGACAAGUCAGUGGCUCCUGGAACCUGAAACCGUAGACCAGGCCUAGUCAGAGGGAAGCGCCUGCUGGCCCGCUGGGGCGAGGGAGGCCCCCUCUGCCAGGGAUGACGGUCCGGUCUGGGGCGCCCAGGCACGAGCCAUCAGGGACAGGCCCCCCCCAGGCUGCCGCUGCACCACGCUGCACACUGGGCUGGGGUCCGCACCAGCCUGAAGGACGGGGCAGCACGUCCCCAUCCGCGGUUGGGGCCUGAGCCACUCCUCAGCCCGGGGCUCAGACAGCUCCGACCCGCAGCACAAGCUGUCCGGCCGACCACCUCCGUACGCAACCGUGGCGGCGGCCAGCCAGUCCCUCCUGCACUCCACGUGCCAUUCCCGUGACUUUUGUACCUAAUGUAUGAAAGAUCCACACUAAUACUGCUGUACAGAGGACAGACAGAUGAAUAUAGCUUAUCUAUAAAUAUAUCUGUAUAUACCGGUUUCUGUAUAUUGUAUAGAGCUGUGUAUAAAUGGAUGUAGGAGCACGCUG